AUAAACACAGAGUAACAGAGAGGUUCUCAUCACAGAGCAGACAUAGUCUUGUCACACAGCAGAGCUUAACAUCAGGGGAAGACAGACAGACCGAGGAAACCUUUACAGAGAUUCACAAACAGACAUAAUCUACAUUUCACACAUACAUUUCUUCUGUUCUCUGGAAGAGAUCUUCACUCAGUGUUAGUCCAGACACCUCCGUAAAGCUCAGGUUAUCAGUGACCCAUCAUGGUGUCUACCAUGGACAGUGCCAAGAUCCUCUUCUCUGUUCUGUUCCUCUGCGUCUGCUACCAGGUGACUCAGGGCCAGAUGGUGAUGGACUGCUGUCUGGAGGUCAGUAAAAAAGAGAUCCCACAACGCGUUGUCACGGGUUACCAGCCUCAGGUUAGGGGUCAAGGCUGCUCCAUUGACGCCGUGGUCUUCCACACCAGAAAGGGACAUAAGCUGUGUGCCCCUACUGGCCCUGCCUGGGUUACUAACCUGAUUAAACACUUGGACAAGCCGACCAAGAUGUGCCACAACACCAACUUCAAGGGUAAACGCUGUAGGAAGGUGAAGCCCAAGCAUUCCUAAAGUCCCAAUUGGACCCCGUCCCUCCACCCUCACCACCACCUCCACCCCCCUUCUCCUGGUCCAUAGAACAAUGAAAGGACAUUCCAAGUGUGUGGGGGGGACAGGGGUGGGAGAAGUAAAAAAAAAAAAAUGAAUGGAAAAAUGUGAUUCCUCCUUCCACUAGUGCACUUUUUCAGUUUCCUUCCAUCUUCGGUUUUUAUCCAGCAUGCCAUGUUGUUUCCUUCUGUCUUCAGUUUUUACCCAGCAGACCAUGUUGUUUCUCAGUGGCACAUUCAUGUACUAUAUAUAUUUUUUUUAAGUGACAAAAUGAUAAAUAACAGUCCAGAAAGAGUAAAUUAGCUUUGACCCCACAUGGGAACCUUAAAGCUACAGUCUGGGAUUUCAAAAGUAAUAAAACAACUAUUUUAUUAACAUGUAUAUAAUCAGGGGAGCCCCAUUGAGACCAGGGACUCAUUUUCAAUGGUGCCUUUAGAUCACAAAGCUACAACAUAAUGUGUUUAGCUAGCUGAUAUGUGAAAUACCUAUCCAGGCAUGGUCAGGUUUCAGCAACGCCUGGGCUGAGGAGAGUGCCCUAUAGCUUAAAGGUCAUAAGUCAGGGGUUAAAGGUCAGGGGUCAAAACAUACUAGCAGCUGGUUCAAACACCCAUCUUUAAAUUAAACUCAGAGACAAUCAAACAUUUUCUACCUUUUUGUGAACUUUGCAUUUAAUAAAUAUAUAUUUUCAUUGAUCUUUUUAAUGACUGUCAAAUCAA